AUGUGCGCUGUCAGGCCGUACAGGAACGUGACGGAGUUCGACGGGCAGGAUGCGUGCGGCUCCAACAGCUGGGCGAUCGCAGACGUGGACCCUCCGGCCCGCUCCACGGACGGGAAGAAGGCGGACGACCCGGGUCACCUGAUCCGCCCGCUGAAGCCCUGGACCCAGUACGCCAUCAUGGUGAAGACCCAGCUGUCCGCCUCCGACGAGCACGAGGUGCAGGGAGCCAAGAGCAAGAUCAUCUACGUCCGCACCAACGCCACCAGGCCCUCUGUUCCUCUGGACCCCAUCUCCUCCUCCAACUCCUCCUCUCAGAUCAUUCUGAGGUGGAAGCCCCCCACCAGCCCCAACGGGAACAUCACCCACUACCGGGUCAUCUGCCGCAAGCAGAGCGAGGACCGAGACCUGUACAAGUUCGACUACUGCCUGCAAGGGAUGAAGCUGCCGUCCCGGACCCCCACCCACCUGGACAGCGAGGACGAGCAGAAGUGGAACCACACGGACGAACCCAGCUCGGGGGGGCGGUGCUGCGCCUGCCCCAAGACUGACAACCAGCUGAAGAAGGAGCAGGAGGAGAUCGAGUACCGCAAGACCUUCGAGAACUACCUGCACAACGAAGUGUUCGACAGCAGACCUGCCCGCCGCAGACGCUCAGUGGGCGUCGCCAACGCCACGCUUCCUAAUUUCUUCCUCACCACAGCUCCCGGUCUGCAGUUCGGCUCCACCACAGCCAGCCCUGAAGACGAAGACGAGGAGGGGUCCAAGGCGGAGCUGAAGGAGUCCUCCAAGGAGUCCACGGUGAUCUCCAACCUGCACCACUUCACCAGCUAUAAGAUCGAGAUCAUGGCCUGCAAUCACCCCACCGAGAUAAAGCGCUGCAGCAUGGCCACCUACGUCAGCGCCCGCACCAUGCCCGAGGUGAAAGCAGACGAGAUCCCGGGCGAGGUGACCCAUGAGAUCGUGAACACCGAGCCCCCCUACGUGAUGAUCAAAUGGGAACCGCCCCGCUCCCCAAACGGCCUCAUCAUCCUGUACGAGGUGUUCUACAGGAAGGUCGGGGAAUCGGAGGACCACACAGGCUGUGUGUCUCGCCCGGCCUACCUGAAGUCCGGCGGGACGAAGCUGUCUCUGGUUCAGCCGGGGAACUACAGCGUGAGGGUCCGCGCCACCUCGCUGGCAGGGAACGGGUCCUUCACUAAGACCACCUACUUCUUCAUGCCCAACCCGGAUCAAGGUCUGAUCUGGAUCGUGAUGGGUCCGGUGAUCUGCUUCAUCCUGCUGCUGUUUGUGGGAGGGGGAGUCUUAGUGAUCUUUAAGAAGAGACAAACCGAAGGACCGACCGGACCUCUGAUCGCCUCGUCAAACCCCGAGUACAUCAGCACCACCGACGGUGAGAAAAGCAAUGAAAUUCAAGACGUGCAACAUCUUUUUAUGUAUUUCAAAAGAUAA